AGUUUUGUCGCACACACAUUCAUCGCUCUUUCGUUUGUCGGACUCAUGUAGUGCAUUCCAUUCCAUUCGUGGGUGUUAUAGACUAUCAUUUCUUUACGCGGGUAAGUCGCAUGAAAACAGCUUCUAGCUGUUAUGCAAAGUAUAUUUUAUUUAAAACAAACAAUCUCAAUGAUAUUCAUUAUUCGCUCAUUUGUGACACUAUACUUCAAAAUCUUGUUUUUUCGCUGCUAUAAACAUAUUAUAUAAAUAUUUAAGUGAUAUCAGAUGAAGAGCAUACUUUAUUUAAAUGUAAUAGGAAAGCUACUGUUUCGAUUUCGAUAAAAUUUAAAUCGCACCGGCUCGAUCCAAUAAGCUGUCGAAUAAAAAAGAAUUUUGAAACUCGGUUAAAAAAUCAAGGAAAAAUCGGUGAACAUCUAUAAAAAAAAAUACAUCGUCUUCGAACGUAAAGCCUCCUUCUUUUCAAUUUUGAAGUCAGUUAGAAAUAGGAAGUCACCAUUUAAAUUUCAUUUAACAACAACUUCAAAAUCAAAAUAUAUUUCAACGGCAAUCAUUAAAACAAUCUCCUUUCCUAAACCUUUUAUUAUAUUGUUAUAUAGAUUUUUCAUAUUUUAAUGAUACUUCAUACACAAACAUCAAUAACACCCAAAAAUUUUUUUAAAUAUUUUUUAAGAACCUAAUUUAGCUCUACAGCUGAAGCUGCUACCAGCUUCUUGAAUAAUUAAACCACUUUCAAGAUCAGCAGCAAUAUUCUCAACUUUUUGAAAGUUGAAGUCUGCUUUAUUUUUAAAAGUUUUUUAUGUCGUCCAGAAAAGUUCAGAAGGGCUAGUCGAUUUCUAUUUUUAUUUCAGUAUAACUCGAAGUAAAUAUUAAUUCCUACAACAGUAAUGUUUAUUACAAAGCAACUUUAGGACCACUAAUUGCGCAGCGAACAUUUGAAAUGAUUAUCAACAUUAUAAGAGUAAAAAAUAUUAUCAAUCUGCUCAUUUGUAUAUUCAAGUUCGCACUAACGACAUUAUUAUUUAAUUAUUAAUAACUCUUAUAAAUUAUGGACGUAUAUAGUUAUAAUGUCACUGUGAGUUAUCUACCAUUUCUUAUUCUCAUUAAUAAGUACACAUAAUUAUUAUAAUAAUGAAUUACACAGUGUAAAUGGCAUAUUCCAUCAGACGCACAUUCCAAUUUACCUUUGACCUAACUUCAUCUAUAGAUAAUUAUUUAUUUAAAUUCUGUAAAUAAGAUAGAUAAUAAUCAUAAAACAGUCAGUCUUGCGCGAGUAGUUGAACGGGUGCGAGGACUCGAUUGGUUAUGUUAUAGUUGAUAAUAAUUAACAACCGAGAAUGGUGUUCCAGAUGAUCGAGUUCGACCCUAUGUGCGACAAAGAGAAUCCUCAGAAAAUCUCAUUCGAGGACGUGUCUGCUGCCGCCUUCCGCAUACAGAGUGGGAUUGUAAAAACGCCAUGCGUGAAAUCCCACAUGUCUACCUUGUACGGGUUGGACAUUUACCUCAAGAACGACUUCCUACAACAUACCGGAAGUUUUAAAGAACGCGGUGCACGGAACGCGUUGCUUCUGUUGUCAAAAGAAGCAAAGGAGCGCGGAGUCAUUUCCGCAUCGCUCGGGAAUCACUCGCAAGGACUGAGCUAUCACGCCCAGCAGCUUGGCGUACCCACCACCGUGGUGAUGCCAAAUGUGGCACCUAUCAUGAAGAUUGAAAAGUGCCGCUCUUUUGGCGCCAACGUCAUCAUACACGGAAACGACAUGAAAGAGGCCAAAUAUCAAGCUAUGAUGCUCGCUAAGGAACGAGCACUGACCUACAUUAAUGGAUAUGACCACCCACACAUCAUGGCGGGGCAAGGUACCGUAGGGCUGGAGAUACUGGAGCAGGUGCCCGAUGUUGAUGCGGUCCUAGUGCCGGUCGGAGGCGGAGGACUGUUGGCAGGUGUUGCCACCGCCAUCAAACAUCUCAAGCCACAUGUUCUCAUAUACGGAGUGGAAACAGAAAAAUGCCCUAGCAUGAAGAUGGCGAUGAAAAAUGACGAGCCAACUAGCGUAGAGAUCCGGUCAACCCUCGCUGAUGGACUCGCUGUACCUACAGUUGGCUACAACGCGUACCUCACCGUCAAGCCUAUCAUUGAUAAAUUGUUAACUGUGAAUGAGGACUGGAUAGCGCGUGCGAUCUUGCGGCUGGUGGAGCACGAGAAGUAUGUGGUAGAGGGGGGAGGCGCGGUGGGUGUCGCCGCCAUCAUGGCCGGCCUUGUUCCAGAACUCGCCAACAAAAAAGUGGUGUGCAUCCUGUCAGGAGGCAACAUCGACAGUACUAUCUUGGGACGGUGCUUGGAGCGGGGACUAGCGGCGGAGCGGCGGCUGGUGAAGUUCAAGGUGACAGUUAGCGAUCGGCCCGGCGGCAUCGCAGAGCUGUGCAAACUCAUCGCCUCCAUCGGCGUCUCCAUCAAGGACAUCAUGCAGGAGCGCGCCUGGGUCUACGGAGAUAUCUUCAGUGUCAGGGUUAGGCUGUUAUCAAGCACCAAUAACCUAGCAAUAACAAUACUAGAUUAAUAACAUCAUUAAUGGGAAUUACAUUCUUAUAUAAAAGCCGACAACGAUUUGUGUCCAAUU